CGGCGUGCGCUCGAGGGGACGGGCAACAGGGGUAAAAGGAGUUGCCGGGCGAUAGCACAGGACAGCACAGCGGCUUUCAGGGUGGAGGCUUUUUUUUUUUAAGCUAAUGGGUUUUUGAAACAUUUAAGACGACUCCUACAUACAGCGCAGUUACGAAUACCACAGUGUAUGCAGCGAAUUGCUUACUGCGUUACUUAGCUACCACCCCGGCAACUGAGGCAGAGGGUGUCGGUGAUAGCUAGCUGAUUAGCUAGCGACCGAGCUAGCUGUUUGCUAACAUCGCGUCUACACCAUCCUCAGGCAUUAGCCAGCGGUCCUCAGCAAGAAUCAGGUAGCGAGCUAGCUAACCUUACGCUAGAUCGGUGUUGUUCUCAGUGCAAACGACGCAAGUGGGGGCUCUUGCUAGCUAUCAAGCUACCAGUGGUUGGCUAGCGUUAAAGCUACUGAGUUCACUUGUCCGACGGGCAGGGUGUCAGCUAACUAACUGCUGAAAUCUCUUGCCGCUCAGCCCCCCGUCGUCACCGUUGCCCUUCUCGCUCCAGCCGAAACACUGGAAAUCCACAAGCGGCCGGACAACGGCGAAGGGCCAGCGAACCUGGGGGUGGUGGUGGACUCGCACAUUGUCGGAGCGCCUGUAGAGAGGCACAGUCGUGGGGACGUAAAGGCGGCUAUGGAUGGACUGGCGGUGGAGGUGCGCGGCUCGAAUGGGGCCUUCUAUAAGGGGUUCAUCAAAGAUGUCCAUGAAGACUCCGUCACAAUAGUCUUUGAAAACAACUGGCAGCCAGAAAGACAGCUGCCAUUUACCGACGUGAGGUUGCCGCCGCCGACGGACUACCACAAGGACAUUGGCGAGGGAGAGGAAGUGGAGGUGUACUCCCGCGCUAACGAGCAGGAGCCAUGCGGCUGGUGGCUGGCGAGGGUGAGGAUGAUGAAGGGCGAGUUCUAUGUGAUCGAGUACGCUGCGUGCGACGCCACAUACAACGAAAUCGUCACUUCUGAACGAAUCCGGCCAGUGAACCCCAACAGUCCUGCUUCUCACGACACCUUCCACAAAGUCACCAUCGCCGUGCCUGAAGACCUUAGAGAAAUCUGUUUAAACGACAACAUCCACAAAGACUUCAGGAAAGCAAUUGGAGCCAACUGCAUCUUCUACAACACUUCAGCACAUGAACUGAUCGUACUGUCCACCAACGAGUCCACAGUGAAGCGUGCCACACUCCUGAGUGACAUGCACUUCCGCAGCAUUCGCACCAAGCUCAUGCUCAUGUCCCGCAACGAGGAGGCCACCAAACACCUGGAGACGAGUAAGCAGUUGGCGUCGGCCUAUCAGGAGGAAGUGCGAGUGCGGGAGGAUCUGAUGGGUUUGGCCAUCGGCUCCCACGGCGCCAACAUUCAGCAGGCCCGCAAAGUGCCCGGUGUCACUGCCAUCGAGCUUGAGGAGGAGAGUUGCACCUUCAGGAUCUAUGGAGAGACCCCAGAAGCUGUGAAGCAGGCCAGGGUGUAUCUGGAGUUCAGAGAAGACUCGUUCCAGGUGCCCCGGCACCUUGUCGGCAAAGUUAUUGGCAAAAGUGGCAAAAUCAUCCAGGAGAUUGUGGACAAGUCAGGUGUGGUGCGGGUGCGAAUCGAAGGGGACAACGACAAAAAGCUGCCCAGGGAAGAGGUAGGCAGUCAGGGGCCUGGCAGUGCAGACGCUGCCUCCAGCCAAGAGGGUAUGGUUCCUUUCAUCUUCGUAGGAACCAAGGAGAACAUCAGUAAUGCCCAGGCUCUGCUAGAGUAUCAUGUGGCCUACCUACAGGAGGUGGAACAACUCCGUCUGGAGCGACUGCAGAUCGACGAACAGCUCCGGCAGAUCGGCGUGGGUUACCGUGCAGCCCCGAGCCGCGCUGGUGCCGCCGGUGCCACGGAGCGCGAGCGCGGCUACCUGACGGAUGAGAGUAGCAACUCCCUCCAGACUUCACGCACGUACGGUGGGCGUGGCCGCGGACGCAAGGCCAACAGCUCUUAUUCCGGUUAUGGAACAAACUCCGAGAUGUCCAAUGCCUCUGAGACGGAGGAGCUGGGUGAGCGGGAGCCGAGACCCCGCGGAGUGGGUGGCGAGGACAGAAGUGCCAGGAGAGGGGGUCGCGGCCGUGGCAACAGCGCGGGCAGGGGUCGUGGAGGCCCUGGAUCCCGCGGCGCCAACACCAUCAGCUCAGUGCUGAGGGACCCUGACAGUAACCCAUACUCCCUGCUGGAGGGUGAGGGUGAUAUGGGCGGAGACACAGACGCCAGUGAGAGCACGGGUGGCAACGAUCGCAGGAGACGCUCUCGCCGCCGUCGUAAUGACCAGGAGCCCAGUGUCAUGGACGCGGCCGCCAACGAAUCUGACAGCCAGGCUGCUGCCAGCGAGAAUGGAUUGGAGGAGGAGGGCAAGCCACAGCGCCGAAACAGAAGCCGCCGCCGCCGCAAUCGUGGCAACCGUCCCGAGGGAGGCUCCGCCAGCCGAGACAGACAGCCAGUUACCGUGGCUGACUUCAUCUCUCGUGCAGAAUCUCAGAGUCGACAGAACCUUCCGGCAAAGAAAGAAGAAACACAGCAUGCUUCCCAUACUAAGGAGAAUGGGACUAGUGUGAAGGAAGAGCGAGCCCCCUCCAAGCGUUCCCCUAGCAACGGCGUAGCAUCAUCUGGGGAGGCUCUGACCCUGGUGAACGGUGUUUCGUAAAUUGAAAAAUACAAAACGUCGUCUCACCCCUCAAGACCCACGUCUAGAGCAAGACACUACGGCGAUCUCUGUCCCUGCUUGCAUUUACGUAAACCUUUAAACAGACAAGUGAAAAUCGACUAAAAAUCUUGAAUUCAUACGAGAUUAUGAGCAGAAAAAGAAAAAGAUACAAAAAAAGACACGCAUCUACCUAAAAACACGUAACGGUGUAUGUUUAUCCUAUCUAUCAGUACGUAGUGCUUAUUUAAGACAAGCUUGCCAAAAAAGCUGGUGGAUACGAUUCGAAAAUCUGACGUAACUAAACACAGGACGUGACUAUUUGUUACUUUGGAGAAAUGUUUUUCCGUUUUGUCACUGUCGUCGUUGUUUGUUUUUGUUUGUUUGUUUGUUUCCACUGGUGUGGGAUUGUGGUCACACUCCCAAACAGAUGCAUCUCUGAAGCAGUGUUAGUGGCAAGGGGAGGAGCUAGCCGAGAGGCGGUAAUGUGGGCGGAGCCUCGUGUUAGUAACAGUUGAGGCCUUUGGUACUCUGAGAUUAAGGGUGUGUGAGGACAAGGAGAGACAUUGUGCCUUGAAUUUGAGAAAAAAAAAACAAAAAAAAAACGAGUAUUCUUUGUUUUGUUCAUGGGACGGAAGAUACUGUUCUUUUUUUCUGAGACGAGACAUUUAAGAAACCAGUUGCUGGGUUAGGCUUGAAAAGGAAUAGAAAAUUGAAUACUAAUGCCAAACAUGAAAUUAAGAACACUCAUCUGUAGUAGGAGUUAUGAACUGAACAGCGUUUAUUGUGCGUGUGUGUACGAGUGCGUUGGUAUAUGUGUAGUUGUUAGCAAUGCAACAAUAGAACAUAAAUUCGGAGAAUCGUGAAAUAAUGUCAAAGCCUUCCCUGCAGAGAGGGAGGAAGCCAUGCAGCCAGUCGGGUUGAAUGAGAGGAGAGGAAUGGGUGUCCGCUUCUCCCUGUCCUGCGCGACAGGAGCAGACAGGCGUGGCUGUGUUAAGAACGGCCCUACAAACUGAACCAACCAGGGAUGGACAGUUACAAACCUGCAGACCCAGCGUGCUAAUUUCAGCCUGAACUGAUAUCCAAACAAGCUUCAGUGCCUCUAAGCCCCCCCACCCCAAAUCCACAGCUAUUUUUGGAGGAGGGAGAGCGGAAAAGUGAUCUUGUGGGAGAAUGAUUAAAAGUAAUGCACACAGUUGCAACUUUCAUACCAUGUUAAAAUGUGGUUUACACACUCGAUACAUGCUGAGAGAUAGCAAAGUUGAUGACUCCUCAAUGGUGCCCCCUACUGGUUGGGGAUUUUACACAACUUGAGCAAGAAGGCGCAUUGUAGGGGGAGUAGCACAGCCUCAGAAAAUUUGAGAGUUACACACAUACAUAUGAAGGUAUUUGAGGACAUACAGUCAAAUAUGAUCACUAUACAGUUUAGACUUCCCAUGUCUCUUGGCAAGGAGGCUUAAACGUGAAGUUCCUGCAAGGUGACUCGGAGGCCAGGCGACUGGGUCGUUAAAACUAAUCGAGGUGUCUGGUGUCUGCUGUUCCUGAUUGUUGCAGUCAAAAAGACACAAUUGGGAGAAUCCCAUCUCCCUUUUGGCUCAUGUUGUUACUGUCAUCUUGGUUUAUGCUCUCAAACUUUUUUGGUUGUUCUUUUCACAUCAUAAAAAUGAAUAAAAUGGAGGUGAAAUAAAUUAUUUCUGGAAUGA